AUGGAAACAAUCAUGUGUGUUAUUCAAUAUGGAGGAUAUUGGACAGAUGACAAUAACUACCAAGACUACACAAUGACUGGACUGCUAAUACCAACAAAAUGUUCUCUGAAAGAAUUAGUUGAAUUGGUAAAGAAUGAGAUCAACUGCAACACACCAAUUGAAAUGAACUACCAGCUAAGCCCCGGUUCAUUACCAAUGAAGAUCAUAAGUGACAACUCACUAUUGUUUUACAUUGAACUAAGAAAGAAGCAGCUUGGAGUGAGCGACUCUCCACUUUGCAUCACAAGAAUUGAACAGCAUGCAAUGCAACUAAAUCCACAACAAUUCACUGACACUGGAACAGUAACACAAAACACCGAUGUUCAACAACUGGUUUUACAAAUUACAAACCAGCCAUCAUUUCAAGACAUAGAAUAUGAAGAUGAGGCAUCCGAAACAAAUAACCAGUUCCUAUCAAUGUCAAACAUAUUUCAGGUAGCUGACAAUGUUGCUGAUUUUAUAAUUGAGAAAACAGAAGAACACAAGAAGAAAAGGAAUGGAGAAGAGAAGGAGAUUAUAACAGAUCAUAGGGUUUUCAAAAUUGAAGAAGGACAAAUUUACAAAGAUAAAAAGAUGCUGAAAUGUGCACUAUGCUUUUAUGCUAUAUUGCACAACUUUCAAUUUAAAACAAAGAGAUCGGAACCAAGGGAGUACCUGGUUACAUGUAUUGAUGAUAACUGUAACUGGUUACUUAGAGCAUCAAAAUUCAAGAAUACAACAACAUUCAAAGUGAGGAAGUAUGUCCAGGAUCACAAAUGCUCAUUGGAUGUAAUCAUGGGAGACCACAGACAAGCAAAUAGCAAUAUCAUUGGAGAAAUAGUAAAAAAAAAAUUCCUAGAUAUCAAAAGAAUACAUAGACCAAAAGACAUUGUAAUGGACACACUAUAUGAUUAUGGGGUGUCAAUGGGAUAUCAAAAGGCAUGGAGAGCAAGAGAAAAAGCAUUAGAAUUGGCAAGAGGGAGACAAGAUGACUCUUAUCAACAGCUACCAAUGUACUUACACAUGCUGAAAGUAUCAAAUCCAGGAACAAUCACACACUUGGAAACAGAUACAAAAAAUCGUUUCAAAUACUUGUUUCUAGCAUUCGCAAAUUCAAUAAGAGGCUGGAAACAUUGUAGACCAGUCAUUGUCACAGAUGGAACCUUCUUAAAAACAUCAUUUGGCGGGACUUUAUUUUCAGCUUCUACAAUGGAUGCAAACAACAACAUUUUCAUAUUGGCAUUCGGAAUAGGGGACUCAGAAAAUGAUGACUCUUGGGAUUGGUUUUUCAACAAGAUAAGAGAAACAUUUGGUGAUAGAGAAGGAUUAACAAUAAUAUCAGACAGACAUAAAAGUAUUGAAAAAACAGUGAAGAAUGUUUACCCGGACCACUUUCAUGGAGCUUGCAUAUUCCACUUGCUUAACAACAUCAAAUCAAACUUUGGUGGACAUGGAGAUGAGCUCACUAUAAACUUUGUGAAAGCUGCCAAAACAUACAGGGUCAGCUCAUUUGAGCAUUACAUGUCAGAAAUAGACAAAUUUGACAUUCGCAUAAGACCUUACUUGGAAAAUAUAGGACAUCAUAUUUGGACUAGAAGCCACUGCCCAACAAGGAGGUACACUAUGAUGACUUCAAACAUAGCAGAGUCAAUCAAUUCUGCAAUCACAGCUGCAAGAUCAGUGCCUAUUACAUUAAUGAUUGAAUGUCUAAGAAGUUUAGUUCAAAAAUGGGUGUGGAAGAAUGGAAAUGAAGCUAAUGGAAUAUUCACAGAAGUAUCUGUUGAAGCUGAAACAGUACUUAGAGAUAAUCUUGUUAAGGGAAUGAAGUACCAGGUUGAAGCAAUAACUACUAUACUAUACCAAGUAAAAGUGGUAAACAAAGGGGAUUUCACAAUAAACUUACUUGACAAGACAUGCACAUGUAGAAGGUUCCAACAAGAUCAGAUACCAUGUGCACAUGCAAUAGCAGUUUUUGCUAAAAGAGGACUAAAAACUUAUGACUAUGUGGCUGACUACUACAAAACAUCAACUAUGAGAGCAACAUAUGAUACAACCGUACAUCCUCUACCUAAUGAAAGUGAAUGGAGACUACCUGAGAGCUUGGAGAAGAUUGUCAUGCCACCAAAAACAAAAAAGACCUCAGGGAGACCUAGAAAAAAAAGAAUCAGAUCUAGAGGAGAAGCAAAAGUUGUAAUGAAAUGCUCAAGAUGUGGACAGCUUGGACACAACCGACGAACAUGCAAUAAUCCACAGAUUUACAAACAAACCAAUCGGAAGAAACAGAAGAUGGACACAAAGCAACAAUAA